AACUCGGUCUGAGGCUUUUUAACAGUUUCUCCCUCUUUCUUUUCGAAAGGGUCACACCCUUCACUUUGAAUUUUCUGUGGCUCCUUCCUGUGAUCUCGCUCUCAACAUCCAUGGCCUUCACUUCAUUUGUCGGAAGAGUCCUCUUCGCUUCUCUCUUCAUAGCAUCUGCCUGGCAAGAGUUCAAUGACUUUGGUAAGGAUGGUGGACCAGCUGCCCAAGCCUUGGAACCAAAAUUUCAUGCCUUUUCAAAUCAUGUCUCAACUCACGCUGGGAUUAAGUUGCCUAAAAUUGAAGUUAAAGAUUUAAUCUCUGUUUCAAUUUUCCUGAAAGGAGUUGGGGGUCCUUUGUUUAUCUUUGGCAACUCCCUGGGAGCUUAUCUUCUGCUUUUGCAUCAAGCAAUUUUUACUCCCUUGUUAUGUGACUUCUACAACUACGACGUUGAGACAAAAGAAUUUACUGAGCAUUUUCUCAAGUUUACCCAGAGUUUAGCAUUGUUUGGGGCAUUGCUCUUCUAUAUAGGGAUGAGGAAUUCAAUGCCUAGGCGGCAGCUGAGGAAGAAGGCUCCUAAAGAUAAGACUGUUUGAAUUAGUUCCUGCCUGAAUAGUUUCCUUGUGUCCCAAGACUCAAGUUUUAGUGCCCAAAAGGCCAAAAGAAAAGGGAGGGAAAAAAACUGGGGAAUUACUGAACUGAGAAACAAUUUUACCACUUCUGUUUCCUCUGUGUAUUUUUUUUGUUUUGUCAAAUCAUAGUGUUCCUUUUAUUGAUGGUUGUGCAUGUAUUCUUACCAGCCUUAACUUUCAGGUCCGUUAUGUAUCUCCCGUUUUAUAAAUUCCGUGGCAUAUUGCCUGCCCAUCAUCACUACAUUAAUGCAUGAAUCAUUUUGCUA